CUAUAGCUCAGGCUACAAUACUUGGACUACCUCACGUUGUUACAGGCCGUUGCGCUGUGCCUGUUUUCUUUUUCUUUUUUUUAAGCUUUGCCCUCCACAAGCCUAUAUAGCCCACGACAGCCAAAUAAUAAUGAAUCAUUUCAUAAAUAAUGGGUUUAGGGGCUUAUCGGGAAUGAAGAGGCCGCUGCCGUGCGCUUAUCUCUCUCGGCCACAUUGCGGCCUGUGUUCCGCUCCCCAUACUGAGGGAGCGCACUGGAUGCGGCGAGGAAUAACUCAGCUAUACACACACACACACACACACACACACACACACACACACACACACACACACACACUGCUCCACAACUGGCAGGGAAAAAAAAGAGAAACCUCAGACAUGGAUGACCCACUCACAAAAUGGCUCCACUUACACAGUAACAUCAACAACACGGCUGGAACGGACGUAGUGGACUCGAGCGGGUGACGAUAUAAAAAUGAUGGAAAAACGGCAGCCGGAGCUUCGUCCUGGAAGUCCUGAUGCACAGUCCGGUCCUGGAAAGCGAGAGGACUCCUCCAUCAUCUCCAGACAGAACGGAUGCAAGGAGGACGAGGAACCGAGGAGAGAGGAGGGGGAAAAGAAGAGGGGAGGGUGUUUCAAGGGGGUUGAGGAGACGGAUGACGUUCCUCUGCAGAACUCGAGCAACGGGACCAGCAUCAGCAUCAUCAUCAACGGCGUUGCCAGGGAAACUGCCUCUCACAACGCCCUUGACCUGAAAAGGGAAGUGCCGGUGAUCGAGCUCUCCAGGAGGGACGCUAUAAAAGCAGUGGAGCAGAGAACUGAAAGCCAUUUGGUGCCGAUCACGGAACUUCGCAGACCUCCACCGCUGCCGCUGCCACCGCCGCAACGAGACGACGCUCGAAUGGUCCAGCUGAGCCCAAACGCGUUCCCUGUCCCGGCCCGGGCGAUGCUCUACAACCUGGCGCAGCCUCUCGCCGCCAUCAACAGUCUCGGAGGGGAGUCGGAGCAGUACAGCAUGUACCCCAGCAACAGGGUAAAGCGCCGUCCGGCGCCUUAUGAGGUUGAACUCGACGAGGGUAGGCGCAUUUUAGAUCUUUAUAAGUAUGCUGGCCAGCCAAAGAUUGUACGCCGUAUCUUCACCAACAGUCGUGAACGCUGGCGGCAGCAGAACGUAAAUGGGGCGUUUGCCGAGCUUCGCAAACUCAUCCCCACUCACCCCCCAGACAAGAAGCUGAGCAAGAAUGAGAUCCUGCGGCUUGCUAUGAAGUACAUCAGCUUCCUCUCCAACCUCCUGGAGGACCAGGACGGAGGGAGGAAUGUUGGCAGCACAACUGAUGGGGAAACGGGGCUGCUGGUUGGGGCCCAUGAGGCUGGCUCGCAGGGUGGACCACAUCAGAACACAGUGGUGGGUUUGGCCAGGGACGAUCUUCUAGAGACAAUGUCGCCAGGCUCCAGCUGUGGAAGCCUGCCUGAUGGCGAUGCUGAGGGCAGUCCUGAGAGCUUCAUGGAGGACCAGGACUCACCUCCAGCUCCAAGGACUCUAACAGCUUCACGUGGGCCCCCGCUUCAUCUAGCUGCUAGGGAUCUGAGGCGCAAUGGACGCCCUUUAGAUGGCUCCAGCCGCCGAUGAUGCUUAUGCCAUUAGACCACGGACAUGACACCUGAGACUGAAAGAGAAAAUGAAAGGGACUAAAAAAGAGAUGGAUUUGCUCAGGAACUUUUAGCUUUGAGUUGCCAGAGUAGGAGAGGGAAUCAAGCUCCGUGUAGUGAGAGAGUGGGGAUACUGGAUCAUUACUACGUCUCCUGCACCUGAGGCAGCACUGAUGAAUAGCUUGGCACGAUUGUUGAUCGGUUGAAUUUAAUCCGACAAAAGACUUGUAAAUUCUGCAUGUCUCAUGUCUUUGACUGACCUGCGGAUUAUAACUUUGUGUGUUUUCAAAGCCCAAAGAGCGGAUAUUCUAAAAAAUAAAACUCAAAUUAAACACUAGAAAAAAGAAAUAAAAAACAAGCAAACAAAAUGAGACAAAACCAAACAAAAAAUCAAUCAAAAGACACUUUUUUUUCAAUGUGUAUUAUUGAAGUUUUACAAUAUGGUGCAGCCAGGAUAGAUCUAAGGUGCUUGCAGAGUGCUGCAAGUAAAUGGUUCUAAAGCAUCAGUGAUUAAACCCUUGAGAUUUGUGCCCAACAAAUUUAAUGUGUUAGAAUAAUAACACAAAAUAAGUUUGCCUCAGUUGGAGGCCUCUAUUGUACCCAUGCAAUUGCGUAUGUAUUGUAAAUAGCAUUGUAUUUCCACUGCACAAUGUAACAACAGUGACUCGAGUUCAAGUAAGUAAUGUGGUUUAAGAUGUCCUGUAGUGUGUUUGUCAGUGGGUUUACUAGCAAAAUGGUCUUUUAAGGAGAACGAGAGGAGACAAGAGAGGAGAUGAACUCAAAGGGUAAAGCAAGGAACUGAACAUUGGACAUCAAAUGUGGUACCAUUUACUUCUGUUACACUUUGGUGAUGAGGAAACUGACACCAAAUAUGGCAACAGACAGUUAAACGAUUUCACUGCCUGGAAUGAAUAUAUCUAUUUGAAAUUGCUGUGGAGGUACAAGACAUGCAGUGUUUCUUAAAGUGUACAAAAUAUGGGUCGUAUGUUAACAUGACAUGACUCAUGCAGUCCUUUUUGAUAUGAAUGUGUUGGUGUUUUUUUUAACUGUAAUGCAGUUGUAGUUUAGUAAGGUACACAAAUAAAUUCCUUCAUUGCCACACUUCACAUAAACGCAUAUAGACACGCGUGCGCAUGCACGCAUGCUUGCACGCACACACACACACACACACACUCACACACACAAACAUACACAGUGUUAAUAUCAUAACAACACCAGCAGUUUUCCGAUGAAUGCAGUUUAGUGUUGCUCACUGUUGUUGGUUAUUCUGCUUUUUCAGCAGGACCUCGUAGCCUAUAUUGGUACCUUUGGUAACUAUGGUAUUUUAUGAACUGCAGUAAAGGGACAUUGUAUGUUUGGUAAUGACAUAUUUGUUGUAUGAUAGCUGUAUCUAUAAAUAUAUCCAAUGUUAAAUUGAUGAAUUUUAUACAAAACCCCUGAAUAAAACAAGCAGAGGAAAAGCUCACUCAAGCAUGUUGUUAUUGAUAUUAGUAAUUCAGUUCAAUUCUAUUCAGUCCAUCUCAUUCCUUCAUUGUACAAGAAACCGAAAAUAUGAUACUCUUUGCCGCAUUUAAUCACAUACGUCUGCUUUUAUACCUUUGACAUAAUUAUCCAGAAUUGCAUGACUUCAUUGACAAAUUCCUCGAGGCAUAAAGCUGUUUCCUACUUUGUCUAUACAGAGUGUAUAGUUGAAACCACAACCUCCUCAUGAAACUCCUCCAAUGAGCGCUGGAAUCCUCACUUCCUUCCAACAAGUGACAACUUCCUGUAGAUUUUAACAUGGCUCAGUGACCUGCAGGAUAUCCUGCCAUUGUGAGAAUGGUUGUGACAGCCUCGGUUGCACUCGUUUGUAUGCUGUUGUGUCUGAACAUACUGUGAAAACAGCCAUGGUCGAGACUCCCACUAUCCUGAAGUUAUUCACUUCUGAAAUCGAAAAGUUAUGUUCGCCAGAUUGGUGGUCGUUAAUGAGAAAUCUGCAGAGCAGUUGUAGUUUUGCCAUAUGCAUGCUACUUUUCUGAAGUCUGCUACUCCCCAUAUUCUGUAACUCUACACAGCAGGCUUUGCCACCAGUAC